CGACUGGUGACAUCACACAUCUUUGACUGCCAGCAAGAGGGAGGGAGAGAGAGGGAGAGAGAGAGAGAGAGAGAGAGAGAGAGAGAGAGAGAGAGAGAGAGAGAGAAAAAGAGAGAGAGAGAGAGAGAGAGAGAGCAGCGAAAAAGAGAGAAAAGAAACUUUUACUGAAACCUGCAUUGGACCCGACAGUUAGAUAUAGAACCGUCUUCUGAGUUCAGAGAAAACGCGCACUGACAUGUGAAUCAAGACAGGUUUUUGCAGUUCCUGAUUUCAUUGCACUUAGUUGAAGUUCAACGUCUGUCUAUUAAUAUCGUCAGCGCUCUUAGUCCGUCAAUUUCCGUAUUUUGUACCAAAGCAAUCACCAGAUUAGCAUUGCUAGGGAAGGAGCGGAACAGAUUAACAUAUAUAUAUAUAGAGAGAGAGAGAGAGAGAGAGAGAGAGAGAGAGAGAGAGAGAGAGAGAGAGAGAGAGAGAGAGAGAGAGAGAGAGUUUUAUUUUGUAAAGCAAAUGUAUCCCUUCUUGUUGCUUGGAGAACGAGUGUCAGUGGAAACAGGGUGAUCAAGUAAUCGAGGGAGAGAAGCGCUGGCUGUUGUAAAGUAAGAAGACUACAGGUCCUGAUGAUGACCGUAAAUAUGGACGAUGAUGAAGCGCUCAAUUCGAUUAUGAAAGAUCUGGCUGCCCUGGGCCGCUUCGGGGGAUUACUGGAUGGCAGUAAACAAAGAAAUACCUACCUACCUCUCAAGCAGCAAGAUGUCCGAAUCAAACUGGAGCACGAGGGGGAGAAAAGGAUCGUUCAGUUUCGAAGGCCACUGAAAUUCAAAGAGUUGCUUCGGAAGGUGACUGAUGCCUUUGGAGAGCAGAUGGACUUGUAUUACCUGAACAAUGAGCUCCUCGCUCCCUUGCGCUGUCAGGAGGAUUUGGAGAAAGCUGUGCUGUACUUGGACCUCCGCCCGUCCAUGAAGAGCCUGAGGGUGUUAGUGAAGACUCCCAAAAACAACCAUGUGAGCAGCCCAGCUGAUAAACCCCCUGAAAUGAGGAUGUCCAAGUCCAUGGGAGACCUGAAAGGCUCCCCGUUUAAAAGCACUGAGAGGAUCCGCAAACACUCCACAGGUUCUCUGCACACGGGCCGCAGUUCCCCUCCUCCUGGCAGUGUCCCAGAGGAGCAGCAGCAGAUUGCACGGCAGGGGUCCUACACCAGCAUCCACAGCGAGGGCGAGUUUAUUCCCGAGACCCUGGACCAGAACGUACUGGACCCCUUUGGCAGGGCUGACAACUCCCUCUCAGAUAGCUGCCAUUCACUGGACAGCCCUCCAUUCUCACAAUCUGGGACCAGCAGGGACUGGAACUGUAUGAAUCAGAGCCGUGAGUACACAGGCUGUCGAUAUGGCAAAGGCGGGACCUUUCCAAGACAGUUCCACAUCUCCCAUCAUCGCAAGGACUACAGUGAUGGGAGAAGGACAUUCCCACGCAGCUUCAUGCCUCAGGAGAACCUCUUCCAGCUCGUCCCCUCCAGGACACACAGUUACAAUGGGGACAGCACGUCCCCUAGCAUCCAAUACAGUGACCUCAGAACCAUGCGCUGGGACCCAGAGGAGGCUGUGCCCUGUAAGUCCCCUCAGGCGCCCGUGAACUGGAGGUUAGGGAAGCUGCUGGGACGCGGGGCCUUCGGGGAGGUGUACCUCUGCUACGACGCCGACACAGGAAGGGAGCUGGCAGUGAAACAGGUGCCCUUUGACCCCGAGAGUCACGAAACCAGCAAGGAGGUGAACUCCUUGGAGUGCGAGAUUCAGCUGCUGAAGAACCUUCACCAUGAAAGGAUCGUGCAGUACUACGGCUGCUUGCGGGACCCUGAGGAGAAGAAGCUCUCCAUCUUCGUGGAGUUCAUGCCGGGGGGCUCGAUAAAGGACCAGUUGAAAGCCUAUGGCGCACUCACUGAGAGUGUGACGAGGAGGUACACCAGACAGAUCCUGCAGGGAGUCUUCUACCUCCACAGUAACAUGAUUGUGCAUCGAGACAUCAAAGGAGCCAACAUUUUGAGAGACUCCUCGGGCAAUGUGAAGCUAGGUGAUUUUGGCGCCAGCAAGCGCAUCCAGACCAUCUGCAUGUCAGGCAGUGGGAUGAAGUCUGUGACCGGAACUCCGUACUGGAUGAGCCCCGAGGUGAUCAGUGGAGAAGGGUACGGCAGGAAAGCAGACGUCUGGAGCGUGGGCUGCACGGUGGUGGAGAUGCUGACGGAGAAGCCCCCCUGGGCGGAGUACGAAGCCAUGGCUGCUAUCUUCAAAAUCGCCACCCAGCCAACCAAGCCCAGGCUGCCGGAGGGUGUGUCCGACUCCUGCAGGGACUUCCUCAUGCAGAUCUUUGUGGAGGAGAAGCGGCGGCCCACUGCAGAGGAGCUCCUGGGGCACAGCUUCUUCCAGGGCAGUCUCUAGCGGCCAAGGAGGGAGAAGUCAAGCAAACCGCGUGGGCACUUUCCAAAUGGAUUCCUGUAUUUUUUUGUUUUCCCUGCCGUUUUUGUUUUUGGUGGGGCAACCCGAAGAGGGGUAAAAAAGAAAUCCCUGCAGCGCAUACAACACAGCGGCUCCGCGCACUACCCGGGAAUCCCAGCAGAGGCACUGCAGCUCACACAACACAGCGGCUCCCCGCUCUACCCUGGAAUCCCAGCAGAGGCACUG